AUGACCUCCCAGUUUGUGUCAAGAGAAUCUUUUAUUCUCCCCAAACUAAAGUUCAAGUUCAGAUCCGCCAUAGAGGUCGAUCGGUUUGCAUUCUAUGAUGUCAAAUUCUACCCUUACUCCAGGCCUGAAGACGAUGAACCCGUCUUCGCCGUGGUCGGCCAGAAAAAGGUCUUGAUUGGUCGCUUAUCUGCCCAGAGCAGUGCUGUCGUCACGAUGAUUCACGAGCUGGUGGAUGCACAGGAAGCGAGGGAUCCGAAUUCUCCAGGUCUGAAUUCAUGUUCGUGGUGCUACAUCGACCAGGAGAGACCAUUGUUGGCCGUGGCUGGAGGCUCCGGCCAGUUGAAAAUCCUAGAUGCCCUGGAGGGAGAUCUGUUCAACACCUUGACCGGACAUGGGCACGGUACUAUCAAUGAUAUCGCUACUCACCCUUUCAUGCCGUGGAUUGUUGCUACCGCGUCGAUGGAUAAGAGCCUUCGCAUCUGGGAUUUGCGACGACACGCCAAUCGCUAUGAAUCACCGACAAUCAUCAUCUGUGGCCAAGCGACAGGACAUACUGAAGGCGUGUUGACUGUAUCAUGGCAUCCGAGCGGGCGAUACCUCGUGACUGGCGGUCACGACCAAAGAAUUUGUGUCUGGACGAUCCCGGAUCUUUCAGAGGAUUCAACUUUCUGGCGAGAUAUUUCUCCCAGAUACAGAAAACGGAGCUCCAAUGAUGUCCUGACCAUUUAUUUUCCCCACUUCACCAGUGCAUCUGUACAUUCCAAUUUUGUUGACUGUGCAAGAUUCUUUGGUGAUUUGAUCAUCUCCAAGGCUGCGAAUGAAGACAAAAUUGUUCUGUGGAGGAUCACUGGAUUCGACUCCGAGCAGCCUCCACCUGAUUCCACUACGGCGCCUAAACUCCAAGACUUUCUCGACACUCGCAAUGGCUUCAUACGCAGAGCAACCUGCACGGAUAGGGGCAUCACGAGUGUGGAGGUGCGCCCGGAAUACAAAGAAGCACCUUUGUAUGACCGACUCCUUGAAUUUGAGACAUCCCAUACUGAACAAUUCUACCUUCGAUUUGGCUUGCUGUCGCCAUCACCUGAUUUUCCCGACCUUCAUCCCGUCCUGGCGUUUGCCAACGCAAAAUCAGAGCUUCGCUUCUGGGAUCUUGAACGACUCACAGUAGGACACGCCGGCGGGCUUGCUGAAGGGAGGACUUUACUAACAGCGAGAAGAAAAAUGAGAGGUAUUGCACGGCCUGUCAAGCCGUCGGAGCGAUUGACUCGUAUGAGCAGGACCCCCUCAAGAUUGCGGGAAAUGGAAUCUCCCAUGUCCUCGACGUCGAACCUUAGUUCAGGAGCCCGGCCUCGACAAAGUUCCACCGAGGCGACCCCGGCCACCGAUGCUAGUACAGCUACUGAGACGACCAGUGCUACGGAGGCCACCAGCGCCACUUUGGUAGCCGGCGAGAUAUCUGAUCUAGGCGAGACCUCUCUGCUUCCAUUUCGAGACCGCGAAAGAUAUCCUAUUCACGAUCCGCAUGCUCCUCUCAAACCCCAUUCGAAGGUUUCUUUGGCGGAACUGCAAUUUAAAAACAUGGCCUUCUUCAAUGCCAGAGCAGUUGACUGGAGUCCAUGCGGAAGGUGGUGCAUAGUGGCUGGGGAGUCGGCAAUCAAUUCCGUGACUAGGAGUGAGGGAAUUGGAGCAUUCGCGGUCCUCUACCGUUAG